GCUUUGCUUCGAUUUCCACACGGAUGAAUUUUAACGGCGCACCGCAUCCAGUAUGACUUUCGCUUAGACAGAUGACAAAGACUGUGGGCAACUCCUGUGCAAUCCAACACUAUGCUGUCCUUACACACCGUGUCCAUCUGGAGCUGCUCUUCAAGUUGGUCUCACUGUAGGGGAGGCAGAAGAGUCCUGAAGUGGCUGCUGGGAAAUGUCGAGCAGAGAACAUUCACGUCAUCCAACCUAAAAUUCUCGCCAGCUGUAGGGAGAGUUGCUCCUGUUUUCUCCAGAGCUUCUGCGUAUGGAGACAAUGUGGCCAUUACGGAUCACAGCGGGAGCCACACCUACCGCUCCCUCUACAAAAACAGUAAAAGCCUGGCGGGGCUCAUUACUAAAGCACUCACCUGCCAAUCAGGAGACCUGCAGGGCAAGCGUAUCUCAUUCCUGUGUGCCAAUGACGCAUCCUACACUGUGGCGCAGUGGGCGGCCUGGAUGUGUGGCGGCAUAGCUGUGCCCCUCUACAGGAAGCAUCCUCCAAGUGAGCUGGAAUAUGUCAUCUCAGACUCCCAGAGCGAGCUGCUGGUAGCCGGACAACCUUUCAUGGAUACCAUUGAGCCCUUGGCCCAGAAACUAGGGCUGCCCUGCCUACAGCUUCCCACCACGUCUAGCCUAGAUACGCUACAGUCUGAGGACACACGGAUGCUGCCUGAGGAGAACAUCUCAGACUGGGCAGAGAGGCCAGCCAUGCUCAUCUACACCAGCGGCACCACGGGCAGACCAAAAGGAGUGCUUCACACUCACAGCAGCCUGCAGGCCAUGGUUUGGGAGCAGUUGAUCAGUUCGAAGUCCCCCAUGGUGAACGUAUUCAUGGCAGUUCCCACCAUCUACUCUAAACUCAUUGAAUAUUAUGACCAACACUUCACUCAACCUCGAGUCCAAGACUUCAUCAGAGCUGUGUGCAAAGAGAGAAUACGGUUGAUGGUGUCUGGUUCUGCUGCUCUUCCACAGCCUGUCCUGGAGCGUUGGGCAGAGAUCACAGGUCAUGUGCUGCUGGAGCGCUACGGCAUGACUGAGAUUGGCAUGGCACUGUCAAAUCCACUUAAGGGGCCACGUGUACCUGGUGCUGUUGGAGUGCCUCUGCGAGGAAUGGAAGUGCGUAUCAUGAUGACAAACACCACCAACGCUAUCAUCGCUGAGGGCAACAGCAAAGGAACCCAGGUGAAGGCUGGUUUGGAAGGGAAGGAGGGCGAGCUGUUGGUUCGAGGUUCUUCUGUCUUUCAGAAGUACUGGAACAAACCUCAGGAGACAGCAGACACCUUCGCUGAGGACGGAUGGUUCAAAACCGGUGACACUGCACUCUACAGAGAUGGCGUGUACUGGAUUAUGGGCCGCACAUCAGUGGACAUCAUCAAGAGCGGAGGAUACAAGAUCAGUGCGCUAGACGUGGAGAGACAUUUGUUUGCCCACCCAAAUAUCACAGAUGUGGCUGUGAUUGGUGCUCCAGACCCAACCUGGGGUCAGAAGGUCACUGCAGUUGUGCAGCUGAAAAAGGGGAAGACUUUGACUCUGUCACAGCUAAAGGCCUGGGCCAGGUAA